AUGGGCGAAGCGGCCGACCGACAGGUGCUAAUGGUUUUGCUCGAUUGGGAAAAAGCGUUUGAUAAAGUCACGCGAGAGAGUCUGUGGAACGCCAUGGACCGCAUGAAUGUGCACCCCAAGCUGAUCAAAGCGGUGCAGAGCAUUUACCGCGUCACGCAGUUCAAGUGGCGCGGCGUCUUGGUUUUCAAGGGCGGGAGGCACUCGCGACCCGUAUUUCUCAACUACCUCGUGAUCAGCGUGAGGCCGAGCUUGCCCACCAGCGUGAACGUUACGAACGCGUUCGAGGCUAUCAGCAAUUCGCGUGGGCCAGUCCAGCUCGUCGACCAGGCGGGUCGCGCUCGGUCGCUCCCAGGCAAGCCUCUUACUGCCGCCUCUAUUGGGCAAGGCGCUGACGACGCGCUGUGGAUGCUCGGCCACUUGGAAGGCCACGCGGGGCCAUGGUUCUUCGCGACAGAGGGCGAGGCGCGGCAAGACUUCGAUGACCGGGUAGACGUCAUGCCGUUCGACAUGCCACGCCCAGUCGAGCCUGACUCCAGGGUGGGCCGCCUUCCGCUCAGGCGGUCUGGGCUCGUGCGGACGCGGCGCGGCAAUGGCUCAUGGAUGCAUUUUCGAGUGUUGUACCUGGCCAUUUGGCAGUGGGCAGCCAACCUGUACCGCCAAGCGCUACAAGACGGUCGCAUGCACAUGGCGCUCAGGAGCAUGCUCAGCCCGCCCAGGUCACCUCUGCGGACUCUGCCGCGCACCGCCCACAGCGGCGCCGUGCCUGGCCCAUUCGAGGCCAUGGCGGAGCUCACUGCUGGCAGCGUCGUGCAGGGCGUGGAACACCCCGACGUCUACCUGAGGAACGGUGCCAAGGCGAGCUGCCUUGAUCAAGCUGCCGCUCUGCUCAGGAGCCCGCGCCCGACUGAGCUUCCCCCUCGGCGACUGGGGAAGCUCGCCUGCCCGCGCCGCCGCGGCGGCGGCACGGCGGUGGCGAUGUUCGGCGCCGCGGGGGCUGGCGCGGGCGCCCCGCCUGGCCCGCCUGGGUUGGGCCCUGGUGGGGGGCUCCUCGGCGUCGGCGGCGGCGGAGUGCUGGGCGGCUUUCUGGGGCUGCCGCCUGGCGUCGGCGCCUUGCUUCCGCCGCCGCCUGCCGGAGUGGCCGCUGGAGCUGCCGCGGCCGCGGGCGGAGCCGCCGCCGGCCCCGCAGCACCAGGAGGCGGAGGCAAGGCGGCGGCGAAGCCCGGGAUGGGCGGCAAGGGCGGCAUGGGCGGCAUGGGCGGCCCAAUGGGCGGCAUGGGCAAGCCGCCUGCCGCCCCGCCGCCCGCUGCAGGACGCGGCAGAGGUGCCGGCGCUGGAGCAGGAGCGCCAGCGGCCAUGGGGGGCCCCGUGGUGCCGGGUCUGAUCCCAGGGAUCCCCGGGGUGGCCCUCGUGGGGCCACCCGCUCACGCUGGGGGUGGAGCCGGCCUCGCCGUGGCAGGGCAGGCCGCCCACGCGGUGCCAGCCGCCGCCGCGCCUGUGCCCUUGGGCUGGCAGGCAGGCAUGCCCGUGGCGGGCGGGGCGCUGCCGCAGUUCGGAGCAGCGUUCGCCCAGCCAGCGGUGGCGGGGGUCGCGGCGGCGGCGCAGCAGGCUGGUCCCUGGGUAUACGUGCCCAUGGCGCCCCAGGCAGUGACCCACGGCCUCCUGGGGCUGAGUGCCGGUUGCCGCGUCGAGCUGGUGAUGUACGAUGCUGCCUGUCAGCCAAGCGGGACGACGACGAUGACAGUGACAGGGCUCUACCCACCUGACGCGGCAGGGGAGUUCGUGGAGUGCGCAGUGGAGAGCAGCAGCGACCCUCUCUACUUGCCGAUCCUGCAGGGCAUCUUUGCGAUGGGAAGCAGCGUGGUGCACCUCUGCACCCAGGGCGUGGCGACGUGCUGUCGCACGACCGCCUGGCCAGGGCGCAACGUGGUGCACUCGGACACGCUGCGCGUGCUGGGGGCGGCCGGGCCUGGAGGCGGAGCCGCUGAUGGCGCUGGAGCUGCCCCGCCUGGCGCCCUCCCUGCAGGCGCUGCGCCGCCCGCCGCUGACGCAGGACCAGUGGUGCCAGGUAAGAACGCAGGUGGAGCUCCCAAGGGCUCAGGCGGUGCCGACGGUGAGGACGCCGAUGGCAAGACGGCCGAGGAGAUGAGGAAGAUCGUCAAGAGGCUGAAGGAGAAGCUUCAGAGGAAGCGCUCCAUAGGCGAGGCGCUGGCCGAGCGCGCCGAGGCUGCGCUGGAGGGCCGCCGCAGCCGCAAGAAGCAGAAGAACAGGGACAAGGAUAGCUCUGACAGUGCGAGUUUUGACGAGGCCCCGACCGCUGGUUCCGGCCGCCGAGUGCAGAAGCUGGCCCGCUCCGACCCCGGGGCGCUCAUGGCGGCGGGUCUGAAGCAGAUCCGUGAAUACUUGGCGCAGCGGGGCGGGGCCGACAACGAUGAUGAGCUGGAUAGGAUGGCGUCCAACGUGGUGCAGUAUAUCACGAGCGUGCGGCACGGCAUGCACCCUCAGAGCGAGAUGGGGGUGCGGAAUGUGCGCGAGAUGAGGAUGAUCGGGGAGUGCUUGGACGCCCUCACGAGGGGCGAUCUGCCGCAGCUGGGCGACAUGCUGAUGCAGAGGCUGAAGGCCAUCGAGCAGGCCACCAAGGACGGGCACUGGAAGGUGGCCGAGCACCUCGAGCUGAUCGACUCCACCGACAUCGGGCUGGCCAGCAGCGCCGAGGCGUCGGCGGCCGUGGCGUCCUACUCGGAGGGCGCGAAGCUGAAGGAGCGCCUCACUCGAGCGGGCAGUGAGGAGAGCGUCGCCGAGCCCGGCAGCCGGGACAGGCGCUGGCGAGAGAUCGGGGAGCCCGAGGAGCCCGUCGCCACACUGGCGGCCAGCACCUGGUUCGAUCAGCCCCGGUUCGAGGACGACGUGACCACGGAGGCGAAGGCUGGCAACAAGGGCAAGCCGAAGGGCGACAAAGGGCAGCACCGCGGGACGCCACCUUGGCGCUCGUGGAACCCGAAGGGCAAGGGCGGCACGAAGGGUCAGGCCCGUGGCAAGGGCAAGGCGUGUGACUGCGCGUCCGACGGCAGCUGGGAGUCCGAGAUCACCUUCUCCUCGUACCUUGAGGAUGAGUGCAACGGCGCCGCUCAUGGCGCAGUCUCGGACGAGCCGUCCACGCGAAUUCACGACUUUCCCUACUUGAACCAGACGCGCGCCGCCAGUGAGCUGGGCAGUCUCUGUGGAGCUCCAGUUCGUGUUGUGGGUCGCCGUCUUGCUGAUCUCAGUACUUCUUCGCCCGCGUCGAGCGGGGCACUUGGCAAUUUUGAUGCGAAGUCGUACGAUGAUAUCCUCUCACCACUGACCGCAGGGAACGGACGGCGUGACCUGCUGCCGUUGCCCUGCGUCGAUCUGACGAUCGAGGAGUUGAGCAUGAACGGCGUUGUGUUCGGCGAAUCGAAGCCAGUCGAUCCCUCCUUCGAGGACGACCUGAACGGCUGGCUGAAGCUCGCUGUCCUGAGCCUGAACUUCCAGUACGCGCUGGGGGGCAAGCACCCUGGUCUCAAGAUGGCCCCCUGGAAGGUGAGGCACGGGCCCGCCAGCGCGGUGCAGCUGAAGGCCCUGAGGUUGCUGGCCAGGAGUGUGGGCACGUUCCUGUGCCAGUACGAGGGCUCCGUGGCGAACCUCGACUGGACCCAGGAGCUGAAGUCGUCGGCAGUGAGCUACACGGGCAUGGAGGUGUACCCAGCCGAGCAGCUGGACCGCGAGCGCCUCUUGCUCGCCCUGCCGCCGAAGGAGGCUUGCGGCUCGGUGCUGGCGACCGAGGUGAGCGAAGGUUGGAUAAGGAGCGUGCUGGAGCACCCGGAGUGGGUGAUGAAGAGCCCCGCGGAGCUGGGCGAGAUGCCCAAGACCCCGCGCGUCUGGGCCGAGGAUGACGAGUGGGAGCUCAUCGCGGCCGAGCUCGUGAACAGGGGCAUCCUCGUCCCGAUCGAGGCCGACGAGAUCGUGAAGGUCAAGGGCCGUCGCGUGCUGGGCGGCCUCUUUGGUGUACGAAAGUCGGGACACGUCAAAGGCUCGGGGCCGCAGCGGCUGGUGAUGAACAUCAUCCCGAGCAACUGGAUGCAGGAGACGGUCCAGGGGGACAUGGGUCUCCUCCCGACGACAGACAAGUGGAAGAGCAUCAUCUUGAGGAGCGGCGAGGUGAUGAUGAGCUCGUCGGAGGACCUCAAGUGCUGCUUCUACGUGUACCGGUUGCCCGCGGUGUGGCACAAGUACAUGGCGCUCUCCAAGAAGGUGAGCAGGUCCUGCCUCGGUCUUGACGGGACCGGCGAGGUGCACGUGGCCGCGGCCGUGAUCCCGAUGGGCUGGGUGUCGGCGACAGGCAUCAUCCAGCACAUCCACCGGCGGCUGCUUCGUGAGUGGCUGGAGGGAGUGCCUCCGCUGCCUGAGGACCGUGAAUUGCGGCGUGACCUUCCUCUGCCUCCACAUCGUGAGAGGGGCUCGGUGGUCUCUCAGGGCGAGGCGAGGCCGCCGGUGCGAGGCGAGCUGGGCCAAUCCUACGACGACGAGCGCCCACAGGUGUACAUCGGUCGCACAGGGCAGCGGUACGGCUUCUCCCCCUCCAAGUGGGCGAACCCCUUCAAGGUGUCAAAGAUGAUGCCGAGGAGCGAGGCCAUCGCGAACUACGAGAGCCACCUGCGCGACUCGCCCGAUCUGCUGGCCUGCUUGCCCGAGCUCUCGGGCUGUCGCCUCCUGUGCCACUGCAGGCGAGGGCAGCGCUGCCACGGGGACGUGCUGGUCAAGGUGUGGUCGGAGACGGUGCCGAAGGCGACGAGAGGAGUAGACACGCUCAUGCCGGAGGGUCCUGGUACGGCUUGCUGGGUAGUGUGGCAGGUGUACAUCGACAACCUGGACGUGCUGGAGGUUACCGACGAGGUCUCCGCGGCGGCGCUGAAGGCACAGGGCCCCCCCGAGGUGGUGCAGCUGGCUUGCGAGAGGUACGCGCAGCGGGGCGUGCCCAGGAGCGAGGAUAAGGCAGUGUGCCGUGAGCCUGUCAGUCAAGUUUUGGGUGAGCUCAUUGACGGCGCGAGGGGCGUGAUCAGCCCGCCCCUGGAGUUCGUGUACCGCCUGCUGGGCCUCACCUUCGCCACGCUAGAUCGGAGUGUGCUGACUCAGACUUGGCUGCAGGUGGUGGCGGGCCGCUGGGUGCGAGCAAUGAUGUUCAGGCGUGAGACGAUGUCCGUGUUCGACGGCCUGUGGCGUGCCGUGGUGCGCUGGAGAGGCGAGCGCAGGUUGCCCGCUCCCGUCCAGAGGGAGCUGCUGCUGGCCGUGGGGCUCCUGCCGCUCAUGAGGUGCGACCUCAGGGCGCCCGUGAGCGGGCUCGUCACCGUGUCCGACGCCAGCAUGCGCAAGGGGGCAGUAUGCCGGGCUGUGCGCCUGCUCCCACACGGCGUUGAGGCAGCCAAGGCUUCUCGCAGACGCCAGGUGGGGCGGCUGCAGGACGAGGGCGUGCUGCUGUCGCUCUUCGACGGGAUCGGAGGUGGAAGGCGGGCCCUCGACAUGCUGGGGCUGAGCGUGGCCGUGUAUGCCGCGUCGGAGACGGACCCAGAGGCCUGCCGCGUGGUCAAGUACGCGUGGCCGGACGUGGUGGAGCUGGGCGACGUCGCGAAGCUGAGCGCGCAGGACAUCGCCAAGAUCCGGGACAGGGCCCCUCACGUGCGCUGGGUUCUCCUGUUUGCUGGGGCUCCCUGCGUGGACCUCACCAGGCUGAGCGUCGACAGGCGAGGGCUGUCAGGAGCGAGGUCGGGCCUCUUCUACGAGAUCAAGCGGGUGAAGUCGCUGGUGAAGGAGGUGUUCUCCGUGGAGGUCGAGGUGUUCGACUUGAUCGAAAAUGUGUCCUCCAUAACGGCCGAGGAUCGCGACGCGAUGUCAGAGCACAUGGGGCUGGCCCCGGUGAUGAUCGAUGCCGCCGACAUCUCACACGUUCGCCGAGAGAGGCUCUACUGGUGUGACACCGACCUCAUGACGCCGUGGCAGGGCGAAGUCAGUGUGAAGAGUGAGGUGGUGAAAGUGACGAUCCCUGGAGGUCCAGGCCCGCUGGGCCGCUGGCUGCGCCCUGGGCGAGAGUGGUCAGGAGCCGAGGUUCCUGAGCAGCGUCUGCCCACCUUCGUGAGGUGCAUCCCGCGCGGGCGUGCCGGCGACAAGCCGAAAGGCCUGCGCCAGUGCAGCGAGGCCGAGCUGGAGCGUUGGCGGAGGCACGACUUCUGCUACGCGCCGUACCAGUUUCGAGAUCCUCACUGUCUUCGAUGGCAAGGAGGUGCGCUGGAGCCUGCGGACUCCUUUGAGAGAGAGAUGUUGAUGGACUUUCCACCUGGGCACACGGCGACAGCGCGGGCCACGCGAUUCCGCAAGCUGGCUGAGCUCGAGGUGGUACGAUGCGCCCUGCUGGGCAACUCGUUCCAGUGUGGUGUGGUGGCCUGGAUAGUGGCGCACUGGGCUCACCGACGCGGCUACCUGGACACGGUCCCCACGAUAGCGGAGGCGCGCGCGGUCGGAGGCGCCUUCGACGCUGCUGAGGGCCUGGUGCAGGUGGCCAAGGAGGGCGACGACAGUGGGGUCGUGAUCAGGGACCGUGGCCUCGAAGAGGCCGAGGCGCAGGCGGACCCAAGCAUUCAGAUCGUGGAGGAGCUGAUCCGGCGAGCUGAGGUGAGGGGCUCGGACGUGCGCCUCGACACGCUGGAGGUCAUGCGCCCUGACUUGUGGCCACGCCGCCCGAUCAGCGUGAGCCGCUGGACGUGGAAGACAGUGCUGGUCUGGAAGUGGAGGUGGAAGAGCCACAUCACGGCGCUGGAGGUGCUGAGCACGCUGGCAGGCCUUCGCUGGCGCUUCAGAGUGGGCCAUCACCUUGGCACGAGGUUCGCUCAUCUGAUGGAUUCGCAGGUUGGACUUGGUGUGAUAUCGCGGGGGCGCUCUUCCUCGCAUCUGCUCAACGCAGCCGUCAAGAGGAUCUCAGCUCUGGUCCUGGCGGCGUCGGCAAGACCGAUCUACGGGUACACCGAGACGGACAAGAACCCAGCCGACGACCCCUCGCGGGAAGCACCACCCAUGCCCGAGUAUGUGCUGAUGUCACUUGCCACGGUGGCUCGGUCCUGGAGUCGAAAUGACGUGGCGGUGCUGCUUGUGAUUGGCUACUCCGUAUUUUUGCGAACAAUGGAGCUUCUCACUCUUCGUAAGUGGCAGCUGCAGUUCAGCAACGACGGCCUCAGCCUUGUCAUAGCCUUGCCAGUGACCAAGGCAGGCAAGAGACGACACUGUGAGGAGUCGGUCGCACUCCACGACGCCAGGAUUGUUCACUUCAUCAGAGUGCUCACUCAGAAUUUGCCGCCUGAGAGCUCGUUGCUGCAGGGCACCGUGCCCGAAUUUCGUGAUGUGUUCAAAGCUCUCUUGAGGUCGUUGAACCUGGAGCGGCACGGAUAUCAGAUAUAUUCUUUACGCCGUGGAGGUGCCACCACUCAUUAUAGAAGGUUCGAGAACAUGGGCUUGACUUUGAUAGUUGGGAGAUGGCAGGACACUGCUGUGGCCAGACUGUACAUCAGUGACGGACCUCCGCCCUGCACCCUCCGCGCCGUCCGCUCGGACGGUGCUUCGCCGCGCUGCGCCCUCCGCGGCGGCCGCGGCAGCGCGGCGUCCGCCCUGCGGAAGGUCCAGAAGGUGCAGGAGGCGAUGGUGGAGCUCUACGUUACCGAGUGCGGCGGCGUGUCCGAGGACGCGGUGCUCUCCAUCCGCCUCGGCUCCGUGAGGAGGCAGGCCACCGUGCGAGCUGCCCGAGACCACCCGCUGCGCUUCCCGGUGGGGCCGGAGUCGUUCAACGAGCCCGCCAAGAUAGAUGUCCUGUCCCUCGUCGGCAGCCAGAGGCUCGCUCUCCAGGGGAAGUGCUCGCAGUACCAGGUCGACCUGGGCCAGGAGGGAAUUUGCCUGGGCAUCGGGGUGAAGCACACCAAGCAGAAGGCUGCCCCCGUGGCGCCGCCGCAGUCUUCGAAGUUCGCGGACGCGGCGAGCUCGGCGAGGGAGUACUUCGAGAAGAACGGGCUGCUCGAAUACGUGCAGGCGCUGCUGCACGCUGUCGUCCAGGAGAAGCCAGAGGACCCGACCCCUACGCGUACAUGGCGGCGCAGAUGGCCUCCGCGCGCCCCAGCGGCGAUGCCGGCCGGCCCCUCGAGGCCGCGCAGCCUGCGGCGGAGGCCACUGCCGCGGCGGCCGCAGCGGCAGAGGACAGAGGCCGCUGGGCUGCGGGCGGAGAACGAGCGCCUCCGGGGCGAGGUCCAGCGGACCCGCGCGGAGCUCGAAGCCUGGCUGGGCGGGCGGGCCCGCGCGGAGCUCGAGGGCGGACGGGGCCCGCCGGCGGAGCCCGAGGCCACCGCGCCUGCGGCGGGGGCCCACGCGGCGGCGCCGGAGCCCACGGCCGCAGCCGAGGCCUGGCAGAGUGCAGCGGGGUCCGCGGGGACCGCUGCGGCGGCGCCGGGGCCAGCUGCCCCGGUGGACGCGGUGCCCGCCGUGGAGCCUGCUGCAGCGGCGCCAGGGCCGGCGGCUCCUCCAGAAGCGGCGCACGCUGCGGCGCCAGAGCCCGCGCGCGCCACGGACCCGGCGGCGCCGGCCGAGCCAGCCCAGCCCGAGGCAGCUGCUCCCGCCGCACAGCCCGCUGCAGCAGAAGUCACAGCGGCCCCGCAGCAGGCCGCCCCCACCGGGGUGCACGGGGAGGGCCUGCGGCCCUUGCAGCCGGCGUCGGGCACGGCGCUUGCGGUCGACCCUGCCCCCCUGCGCGACGCGGCAGCCGCGGCGCCCUCGGCGGGGCUGCCGGAGCUCUUGCCGGAAGGCGAGGCGCGGCUCGGCGGGCCGGCGCCGGGCACGGAGUUUGCCGUCGAGCCGAGCGCCCCGCCAGCAGAAGUACCUGCCGCAGAGCUCGCUGCGGCGCCCAGCCCAUCGGAGGCUCUGCGCGCCCGCGCCAGCAGAGUGCUCGCCGGCGCGCAGCAGAGCGGGGCACUCCGCUGCGCGCUGGACGAGGUCGGGCUCUCCCGCGUCGGCGAGGAGCGGGCCGCCGCCGAGCGGGGAACUGACCGCGCGCAGUGCGGCCGCGAGGUGGUCUGCGAAAUGCUCAUGAGGGCGAGUCUGGACGGCAGCCUCGGGCAGGUCCUCAGCGAGGUCCUCUCCGAGGGCGAGGCGGAGCCCCCCGCGCGGCGCCGCAGCCUCGACGCCAUCCUGGCCGGCCCUGCGCCCCCCCCGGCGGGCGGCCCCCCUGCCGCGGCGGGGCACUUCCCGCCGCAGGCACUCCCUGCCCCAGAGCCGCCCGCCGCGGCGCCGCCGGUGCUGGACGUCGAGGCAGGGCCACGUGUAUCUGUUGGUGCCGAGGACGUUGACAUGCUGAAGAAGGACCCCAGGACGUCGACGCGGCGAAGAGCGCUCAUGAGGCCUUGA